UCCUCAGAAAAUUCAACGGGUUACAUCUAACAUGACCCACCUUUAACAAGCUUGUGUUGGUUUCUGAUUAGCCCUCCCCUGUUCUACCCCAGACCCAGGGGCAACAUAAGGAGGGCAACAAAACUUGAUCCUAGAUAGGAAAUUGAAGAGCUACACUACAGGAGCCAACAGCUUCUCCUCAAGGAAUAAUGUCUCAAAUGGGACAUUACACAGUUGUUUAAAAUACUUAUUGAGAUACGGAAAGAAAACCCAUUUUCACAAAGUUGCUGAAAACCUCUGUCAGGUGAUGGAAGGACUUGAACUGGAUUUGUAAAUUGACCAUUACUGAGCUGAUUUUAAUCAGAAUGGUGAUAAAGGGGAGAGGGAAGGGAGAAGGGAUGAACUGCUUUCAGAUUCUGUUGAUACUCAAGAUCAAGGCUCCCAGAUUGAGAAUGGGCAGUCAGCAGAGGAGAUGCUGUGUCCCAGGAGGCAGGUCUAUAAAGAUGGAAUUCACCCAUCCCAUAUCCCAGCAGAGAGGCACUGAACGAGAAACCGGGACAAGAAAUAGUCAAAGGGCUGGUAUAAUCUCAACUCCAGGAUAGAAAGGAGGCUGGGGUAAUUUCUCCUCCAGGAUGGGGAAUAGAGGGGAGACCAGUGUAAUCUUACCUCCAGGAUAGGGAAUAGAGGGGAGACCUGUGUAAUCUUACCUCCAGGACCGGGACUUUAUCGCUACGCAUCCUCAGCAACUUCAGCCGAACAGGAGCGAACCCCAAUCCCAAAUCCGCUGUCACUUCACCGCUGCUGAGCGAGGUGUCUCGUCUACUCGGGCUCUCCGGAUUUAGGCUUCCAAACAGAGUGCUUCAUACGAUUGCAAUUGGAAAUCAAAGUAACGUCCUUGAACCGGAGUGAGGAAUAAAGUGGGGAAGAAAGGCAGACCAUUGAUAAGAUGGUCAGGACGGCCAGGAUUUGCCAUUUGUGAAGUGUUGCUGAAGCCAGUCUCCAUGGAAACGGUAAACAAAGUGGGUGAAAAUGAUACACUGUGUGUGAUACUUUCCAAGUGACACUGACAGGGAUACACGUGCGUCCGAGCCGACACACAACGCCGGACAUGACGGACCCGGCGACUUGCCCUCGAACUCUUGAAGACCGGUUUGCCCCCGACCCGUUGCUAACAGCGCCCAGCUGGAGAAUCCAGCAACGCUAUCAGAACAAGGUGCUGGUCGGCAACUGGGCGGAGGAAAGGUUGAAGUUCAUCAAGGGGACUUGCUUUGGGACCACCACGUACCGAGCCGACUACAAGCCAUACCCAUUCGUCUCGCCAGACAUCAAAGAGAAGAUUUUGAUACAGCAAAAACACAAGGGUGUACCUCUUUCAGUAUUAUUUUCUCAUCAUGACAUUCCACGCUCCUGGUAUCUUGUAAGUCAUUAUGAUGAAGUUUUCAAUAGACGUCCAAACCCGUGUUUGCCUCCACUUCGGGAAUGGGAUAAGAGAAAAUUGGUCUGGCUCCCAGAACGAACAGAUCACCCACUAAUAGCUCCACCCACUAAUUUUGGCCUCUUGGAAGAGAAGAUAGCAAAACUGAAUAAACGGAGGCAGCACCAUUACACAAUGUACCAGACUAUCUACAACAUCUCCUAUGGACCUGAUUCUAUUACCCCACAAAAGCCUGUGAGCAGCCAACAAUAAACUAUGAUGCUCAUCCCAAAAAUUUACUCCAAUUAUCCUAAGCAAGCCCAGAACAAUGGCAGAAUUCAACUGCAAAACAAUUGCAUGUAAAAUCUUGGAGACACUGUAUUAGAUGGACCUUGACCAUGAUAGAAUGACCUUGUGAAGGAAAUUCAUGAACAGCUAUCAACAAAAUGUGUCUUGAA